UAGUGACCCUAUCGGACAGGAUCAACCAUCGGCAUUCUGAGAGUCACGGGUUUUCUCAUGGUGGCGGGAAGCCAUGGCGGCAGACGAUAAAGUUGCCAUCCUAACCGACGAUGAAGAGGAGCAGAAGAGAAAGUAUGUGCUUGCUGACCCCUUCAAUGGCAUCGCCAGGGAGCCAGAACCACCUUCGAAUGAAACGCCUUCCUCCACCGAAACGUCUGCGAUCCCCGAGGAGGAAAUAGACUGGAUCGAGAAACACUGUGUGAAGAUCAACAACGAUCUUCUCAUUUCCAAGGUCUUUUAUUUUUUCUUCUACUCCGCCUAUGGUUCGCUCUACCCACUCCUGCCAGUGUACUACAAGCAGCUGGGCAUGUCCCCAAGCCAGAGUGGACUGCUAGUGGGAAUCCGAUACUUCAUAGAAUUCUGCAGUGCACCUUUUUGGGGUGUCGUGGCAGACCGCUUUAAAAAAGGCAAGAUUGUUCUCCUCUUCUCUCUUUUGUGUUGGGUUCUGUUCAACCUGGGCAUCGGAUUUGUGAAGCCUGCUACCUUGAGAUGUGUACCAAAGAUCCCCCCAGCGGCUCGUCCCACCAAUGCCAGUCACCCACCCACCACCCUGCCGACGAAUUAUUCCGGUCUCCCUGCUACCACGCUGGCCUCCGGGUUACCAAAAACGAGAGCGAGAAGGAACCUGCCCGCUUCCAAUGGGUCCCUGAUGCUCGAACCGGAGCCCAGCAGCCCCGGAGCGGCUGUGUUCGCGACGUCGUCUCCCAGCCGGAGCAGCGAGCCCACGGGUCAGAUGCUGGACUUCACCUCGAGCCCGGCCAGAGCCACCCCGGCAGGAAACGUCAGCAGGCAGACCACCCGUGCGCCCGUCGCCCCCACCAAGCCCUUCCCCGCUGACCAAGUCUCCCUGGUUUACGACCCACAAGAAGUGGAAGCCAUCUUCUUGGUGAUCUUGGUGGUUGUCAUCAUCGGCGAGUUUUUCAGUGCCUCCUCCGUCACGAUCGUGGACACCGUCACGCUGCAGUACCUGGGGCGACACAGGGACCGCUACGGGCUGCAGCGCAUGUGGGGCUCCCUGGGCUGGGGGCUGGCCAUGCUCUCCGUGGGCAUCGGCAUCGACUACACCCACGUCGAGGUGCUCGUCGAGGGAAAGGGGUGCAGGCCCCCCGAAUACCGGAACUACCAGAUCGUCUUCAUCGUCUUCGGGGUGCUCAUGACCAUGGCCCUGAUCGUGGCCACUCAGUUCCGGUUCCGCUACCACCACUUCGCCAACGAGGACCCGAAAGGGAAGGAGGUGGAGAUCCCCGCGGUGGAGAGGAGCGAGUCCUCGCCCGAGCCGCCCGCCGCCGCCGCCCCGGGCCCCGGGGCCCCGCGCGCCUUCACCUUCCGGGACCUGCUCAGGCUGCUGUGCAGCGUGCAGUACGGCUCGGUGCUCUUCGUGGCGUGGUUCAUGGGCUUCGGCCACGGCUUUGUGUUCACCUUUCUCUACUGGCACCUGGAAGACCUGAACGGAACCACUACCCUCUUCGGCGUCUGCUCCGUCCUGAGUCACGUGUCGGAGCUGACUGCGUACUUCUUCAGUCACAAGCUUAUUGAAUUGAUUGGCCACAUCAGGGUUCUGUACAUUGGCCUGGCCUGCAAUACAGCUCGCUAUAUUUAUAUUUCCUACCUGGAAAAUGCCUGGACUGUUCUCCCCAUGGAAGUUCUUCAAGGAGUGACCCACGCGGCCAUCUGGGCGGCUUGCAUUUCUUACCUGAGUGCAGCAGUGCCCCCUGAGCUGAGGACAUCUGCCCAGGGCAUCCUGCAGGGCCUGCACCUGGGUUUGGGGCGAGGCUGUGGUGCCAUGAUCGGAGGCGUGUUAGUCAAUUAUUUUGGGGCUGCUGCCACCUUCCGCGGCAUUGGCAUGGCCUGCCUGGUGAUCCUCUUGCUCUUUGCCCUGAUUCAGUGGCUGGCAGUGCCAGAUGAGGAAGAAGACAAGAGCAUGUUGGCAGAAAGGAUUCCUGUUCCAUCUAGUCCGGUUCCCAUAGCAACCAUCGACUUGGUGCAGCAGCAGACAGAAGAUGUCCUGCCACGCAUUGAGCCCCGGCUGCCACCCAAGAAAACCAAGCACCAGGAAGAACAGGAAGACGUGAACAAACCAGCCUGGGGAGUCAGCUCCUCCCCCUGGGUGACCUUUGUCUACGUGCUCUACCAAAUCAAAGAGAUGAUGCAACUAACAAGAGACAGUCGUGCUUCUGAGAUCCAACCCCUACAGGGGACCAGUGAGACUCGGGGACAUUCUCCAGCUGGUGGAGCCCAGCCUGUCGCAUGUGAGACUCAUGUUGACUCAUCCAGAAGUCAGCCAGCCCCUACUGCAGCCGCAUCUCAGACCCAGACCAGCCCCGCUCACCCCAGUGAGGACCAGCGCUCAGAGGUCAGUCAGGAGCAGCAGGCUGAGUCUGAGGCGGCCGGAGGACACUGAGGGGACCCUGCUCAUCUCACGCCCUGCAUGGAAUGGGCCCUCUGCCAGCACAGAGGGAGAGGUGCCCCAAACCCAGGACACGCCUCCUCUUGAGGAUCACAACACCACAUAUGCUUCUUAAUAUCUAAGCUCAUUAACAUGGAAACACACACAGGAGCUACAGUACAUGUUGGCAGGAAAAGGUAAAUGUUCACAAUCCUCUUGGAAGUACAGAACCGCAGAGGAGUUCACUGCAGACGCUCGGCUCUCUCUGUGCGUUAGGCGAAGCGCUGCAGGGUUGAAAGCAGCAGCCACACUGAGCGGGCGGAGGGAAAGUGUGCAGAGGCAACUGCUGAUGGGAUUUCUCUCUCCUUGCGUAGUCCCAUGCUUUGGUUUGGAGGCUCAGCUGAGAAGAAACGCAUACAUCUAUAUUUUUGUUUCUCUUGAGAAGCAUUUCAAGAAUUAGGGCACAUAUUGAAAACAGAAGCAGGUACAAGUUGGCACGUAUGCUUUUGUUUAAAACGUUUUACCAGAAAUGUCACAUGUCUCUAGCAAAUAUAUUUUUAUAUGUGUAUGGGAUAUAAUGAAAAUUGUUCAUUCUUUGAAUAGCAAAAGCUAUUAUUGAUGACUGCAAAUUGAACUUUAAAAGACCCCCCCACCACCACCCUUUUGAAGGGCUUUGUGAAAGAUCAGAAAUGAGGGACUAUUUAAAAUAAACCAACUCAGUGUCCUAUGGCUUGUUAGGCAAGGGUUUACUAAAUAUACUGAGACUACUAAUAGUCUCAUUUUAUAGUGAGUUGGGGUCUAAUUAGCUGACUGAAUAAAACAAAACCAAACAAAACUCACUGAAUUCCUAGGGUUCUCUUUAAUUAAGCAAUGCUAUUUAUAAGUACCAGUAUGAGCUAUAAGUGCCUGGGGGAGGUAUAGCUACAAUUUGUAAACAUUAUGUAAACGGGUCCAUUUUUAUUGUGUUGUUUUGGUGAGGGAAAAGGGUGUUUAAUGGGAAGGAAGGGAACAGAAGUAAAUUUACUUUCCGAUACUUAAAGGAGCAAAGCUCAGUGUAGCUCUGCUGUGAAGAAUGGGAGGGGACAGUCGAGAGGAGGAUACUGCAGAGUUCAGAGAGGGUCAUGCAUCUGUAAAUAGUACAGCUCCUCCUGUCAGAACAAGGACUGGGCGAAUCACGGAAAAGCUUGCUGCUAACACAGAAAGUAGAGGUUCACAGGAAACUGGGGAGAAGGGUUAUGGAAAGGGACCACUGCUUUCGCCGCAGGUCAGUUAGUUUAUAGACUAGCCGCGGGGCAGCAUAGGAGUGAGGAAAGGAAAGUACAGCAUUGAAAGGAACCUGACGGGCCAGGCUCAGUGGUUCAGUGGGAGCUGCCCUGCCCUGCAUCCGGGCAAAGGACAUUCUCCGAGCGAUAUCUAGCCGUACCACAAAUAAAAUAUUGGAGAGAGAAUUAAGCAAAUAGUUAUUUUUGCACUUGAACUGAAACGUACUGUAAAUGAUCAUGACUCAUUUUAAGUGACCUUUAAAAUCAGAUGUAUUUAUUAAGCUUAUGUAAUUAUAGGAAUAAAUAAAUGGGUAACAGGCUGAACCCCACCUAUGAAUGUACAGUAUGUGAAUUUGUGAAACUGACUGUCGGACGUCAAAACCUUACACCGUACCUUGUGUUUACAGUUCUGACUUAGUCCCCUGAAAAGCCUGCUGUUUGGAAAUGCACAGUUGACAUGUUGAAAUGAAAAUAAAUACAAUUUUAAAAUGUU